AAGCUAUCGAAUAUGAUUUCCCGGUUAAGCAAGCUAAAGAAGUCCUUCAAGAAAAAGACUAAGAUUAAAAGUACUGGAAAAGAACUGUUUACCUAUGAUGUCAAGGCGCAAUUAGCUAAUUACCAAAGCAGGCUGGAUAGACUUAAAGACAUGGAGCUGUUUGUUUUGGACAACUCUUUAAGAGAAACAACAGUCGCAUCCAUAGUCUCCCAUACUGUGCAGAAUAAACGUGACAUAUACGAAGAAAUCAAAAAGUGUGGGUUUAAAUACUACUUUAUAGAAUCGUUCACGGCUGACCAACGUAUCGGAGAGGUGUUUCUUCAGGAAAUGAUUGAUGAAGGACAGGAUCUAUCAGGAGCUUUUACAUUUUGUGACGCGUGGGAUAAGAUAUCAAGUAAACAAGUUCCCGAGCCUGAUCUAUCAAUUGGUCUUAUAAAAUGUAAGAAAUUUGGUUUACAAAAUGUCUUUCUCGAGUGCGACUUAUCAGACUUUAGAAUAGACUAUGAACGUUUCAAUAUGAAGAAACUUUGCAACUACAUGAAGAAGAAAAUUGAUUGGGUUCGGAGCAAUUUAUCGGAGAAUGCUAUGAUAUUCAUAAAUGUGCGAGACUUUGGACUCACAAUGUAUAAUCAUCCAGAGCGAAUGUGGCAUCUUGUUAACUUUCUGUGCAAAUUACCCGCCCACGAAAGGAUUACAGGAAUCGCGUAUGAAGACAUGGGCAGAAACCUGAUGGAACAUCUAGCUGCUUGGACAAGAGCAGUGAGAACUGAAAUGGAAAGAAAUGGGUGGGCAGACGGACAGUUUAUAUUCCACGUGCAUGAGCAGUGGGGUCUCAUGCAUGCAACAAACUUAGCAGUUUUAGCAGCUGGAGCAACAGGGAUAUGGUGCGCGGUUUGCAUAGAGGGAGCAGCACUGGGGCAUGCGGAUUCCUGCACUACCAUACUGAACAUGAUCCGUCUAGGUAACACAGCAGUUCAAAAACAAUACAAUUGCAAGUAUUUAAGAGAUGCUGCUAUCAAGGUAACAGAGAUAACAACUGGUGCACCACCGGAUGCCAAGCAGCCAAUUUAUGGAGAUCGAGCUCUCGACAUGCUUUUUGGCAGCAUAUUUGGCGCAAUGGACAACGACCCUACUGUUUGCAACGGCUUCGAAAUGGCUGAAUUUCUUGGACUGAAGAGAACAAUUCGAGUGACCCCCAUGGCAUCUGGAGACAUGAUUAUUACAAAGCUUAGAGAACUGUUUGGAGACGAGCCUCAGUUUACAAGUGAAAUAGGGGAACGUAUGAGGAAGAAAAUAUUAGAAAAUGCAAAGGAAGGAAGGAAAGAAGAGUACAAUAGUUCAGUGGGAUUAGCAAUUCUGUUUAAUCUAUCGGGUGGCAAAAUGACACCGGCAAUUGCGGCAAUAGUUGACAAAGGUCUGAAAAAUGCAAAACAUAUUGAUAAGCUAAUUGAAGAAAUUAAAGUUAAAUGGGACAUUUGGGAUGGCAGAGAUGAUGACAUCGACGAUAAGCUGACUUAUGAUAACUUUUAUUUUGGGUUCAUGUCCAGUUUCAUCAGUUGUGCUAGAGGCAGAGAAAUCCAGAUGGGCUUGAGAGUUCUUGAUAUGGAUGGAGAUGGAAUGAUAGAUUGGUCCGAAUUCAAAUUUUACCUCGUAUGGGCAGGGAGACAGUAUCCUGACGUUAUGACUACUUAUAAUUUGUUGGAUAAAGCUUUUAGAUACGGUCUGCUACCAGCUAUGAAGGAGGAGUUUGACAAGAUGAGAGAAGGAAAAUCAACUGCUGCAUGCCCGAGACUGAAUGGAGGAACAGUAGCUCAAGCUGCUACACCGGCAGCUGCUGUCACAGAAAAUCCAGAAAAGAAGGUUGCUCCAAAGAGGGAACUCCCUAAAUUUUUGUCAUUCGACGAUCUCGAUCGACGAUUCUCUAUUACGAGGAGACAGGAAAUACGAGAUAAACUAGCAGACCGCAAAAGAUCACUAUCAGUAGGAGAGAUUGCCACUACAUUAGUAUCUGUCAACAAAUUCAGAGACCUUAUUUGACAGUUUUCACGUACUAUAUUUUGUACAGUGGAUACACUUUAUUGAAUUUUAAGAUUGGUAGGUACGCUGCGAUUGUUUCUUAUUAAUUUAUU